GUAAUUGUGAUUAUAAUCUUAUUUUUAGAGUAUUUAAGUUCUAAUCCAGAAGCUAGUGAGAUUAACUCUGAACACUAACAACUUCCCGUGUCUUAAAAUUCGAAAACUUAAACUUUUUUACUCUAGGGUUUUCAAAACCAGUGACUCUUGUCUUCUUCUCUUAUUCUUUGAUAAAAAAUGGCGGCUUCAUCACUCUCUUUCUCUGCAAAAACCUUCACUUUCUCACCCGCACCCAAAACCCAAGCCAAACCAUUUAUCAAUCAUUUCUCAAAUUCACUCCGAUUUCCCACCGCCUCCUCCACCUCACCAGCUAUUUUCACAACCUCAACCACCUCCAAAGAUCCACGCGCCUCUUCCGUGAUGUCACGCGCAACCAAUGAUGCUGUCAAAGCAAACACAAACACAUUUCACAGCCUCUGCUACGUGGUGGGCAACAACAUCGACACUGACCAAAUCAUCUCCGCCGAUUACCUCACAUUAGCCCCAUCUAAGCCCGAGGAAUACGAAAAACUUGGCUCCUAUGCUUUAAUCGGUCUCCCUUCGACCUACACCAUGCGUUUAAUUGGCGAAAAUGAAACCAAAACAAAAUACAAAAUCGUAAUCGAGAACAAUAACUUCAGAUGCGAGUCUUCUCGUGAGCAUGCGCCGGUGGCACUGGGAGCGGCUGGAGUAACGGUGGCUGCUGCAUAGAUAAACUUAACAAAAUCCGGUAGGUUUUUCUUCGUUUAACAAAGUUAAGUGUUUUUUUUUUAAUGGUUAGUUUUUUAAAAUUUAGGUAGGAAAUUAAGAUAAAAUUUAAUUAAUUUUUAAAAUUACAGGUUGGGUGAGGAUUAUAGUCUUAAUAUUAAUGGAUUUUUUUAAUUUUAAUUUUAAUUUUAAUAGGUGAGUAUUUGGAUUUUUAAAACUUAAUUGUUAAGAAUUUGUCAAUAGAAUAAAACUUGGGUGGAAAUAAGUCUCCUGACUUAUUUAAAUUGAGGGAAAGCUUUAAUAUAUAAUUCUUUUAAGUUUUUUAAAUUUCA